ACCAGUUUCCGGAACAUUGCUUGUUUUCGUGGAAGUACAAAACACAAGUUUGUGCGCGUUUGUAUUUAGGAGAUAGCAAUUUGGACGAGUUCACUCACAUUUCACAACCACAUUCCUUAUCGUUUUUUCUAGUCAAAAUGUCCGCUACUGUGGAAGCAAACACUGCAUCUUGGAGAAAAAGACAUCGGGAAGAGGACCAGUUAUCCCAGAUGGAUAGAAAAAGGCCUCGAAAUUACUACUACAGACUAGAGAGCGAAAGCUCAAAAGCUUCUGAGGAAGACACUGAAAGCGUUUACAGUCUACAAGAUAGGGAGACUGACAUAUGUAGGGAUACAACUGAUACAGAUACCGAUUCUAAAGCUGAUAUCAGUGAUCAGGAUGAAUAUGAGCUCUUCGAAUAUGAAGUUGCUAGUUUGUCUGGAAGUGAUAAUGGUAGCAUAGGAAAUUCUUCAAGUGGGUCAGAGGACCACAUGUUCCUGGCGGCAGCGGUGGAGGCCAUUUGCGAUUCUUCAUUGGAAACGUGGAUAACGGACUGCGAGGAAUCGGACAAUAGCAGCUCUUUGGAUGAUUCGUUCAUCACACGGUCGGGCUUCAGCAGAUGCGUUCAAUGCAAAUCGGAAAACGACAAUCCGCUCUACCGAUAUUGUGAAAAAUGCUUCCAGCAGAGCUGCAGGCAAUGCAAGAUGCGCAAGACAUACAAAUGUUUCACCCUAUGCAUUUCCUGUCAUAAGGAUCGCAAAAAAUUCUUCCCCCCUCGACCGAAGGGCAACAAGAAGACGAGGAAGCCGACGAAGAAGAAAUCCCAUCCAGACGCGCCCGUCAAGCUGGACCUGUUGCGCUCCUGCCUCAGCGGCCUCAGCCAGGACUCCGGCAUCGGAUCCAGCCAGGAGUGCCCGCCCUUAGGGCUGGACCAGAUCAUCGUGCCGGACGAGCAUCUCAGACCAGGUACAUCAUCGAAACCUAACCUAAUCAACGCAGAAGACGUCAAAGUACCACCGCAACCUAACCUAACAAUCGCAGAAGUCAAAGCACCAUCGCAACCCACCCCUGUAACCACCACCCCCAAACGCAAAAGAGACCUCUCCGAGAGCAGCCUCUCGGACUUCGAGAUCGUCAAAAAAUCCAAACCACAGCGUCCGAAAACCCUAGCUCUGAGCCAGUCCUCCGAGCUGGGCUCAGAAGCCAGUGCCAGCUCUUUCAGCUCAACAACCACCGAAAAAUCCACUUCCGACACUUCUGAGCUGUGCAUUUUCUGCAACAGCGCCCCCAAGGACAGCAUCUUUUUGCACACGAACGUGGCGCACCAGUGCUGCUGCUACCGGUGCGCCAAACGUACUUUGCACACUAUCAAAAGGUGCCCCAUUUGCAAUCGGUCCGUCAAUAAGGUGGUCCGAAUUUUCACCUCCUAAUCGAUUGUGGAUAUGGUAAGUGUGGUAUGAAGAGAGAACCACGUGUCCGAAAGGUCUGGGAAAACAAUGUUUGCCAUGAAGCUGAGUAAAAAAAGCGUCACGAAUACGUAAGGACGUGGCAUGACUGCAUGAGUCAAAAAAUCGUCACUAAUGACAGUCAUAAGAAAGCGUCACGUUAUCAAAAUAUGUGAAAAAAUCCAACGAAAAACGUAAUGGCGUGAAAAACACUAUCAAUAAAUAAUGCGUCAUCACUGUGUGAGAAUGAAGUCACGCUAUCAGGAAUGCGUG